UGCACAUGUUGCAGGAGGAGCUGGACGAGCUGAAGGGAGGGGGCUCCCUGCCUUAGCAGCCUGGUGCCCCCCGCCGAGGAAUGAAAUCUUAAACCAGUCAGUGGGGAAUCGCCUGAUGAGCAGCAGUUUGGUGGCAGCAGUGGGAUUCAAAGGACUCAUCUGAUGGCUUCGGAGAUGAGAAACACAGGCAUUGGUACCCGCAAAACCUUUGAGUUCUCCAUCUUUUUCGCUGUUUCCGAGGGCCAUGGCGCCAGCUGCAGAGCUCCAGCCGGCGGCAGAAGCAGGGCAGUGGACAGUGGUGGAGGUAGAGCUGGCUCCAGCUCCGUCAAUACCACCCCCUCUAGCGCUGGAGCCAGCGUCCCCUCCCUCAGCAGUGUUGGAGCUGGAGCAAGGGCCCACGUCGGCUCCAGCAGGAGUGGGAGCUGCUGAGCUGGAGUCACCUGGACCAUCACUUCUAGUGGGAAGUCCAUCUCCACCUGUGGCCAUUAAGGAGGGUGAGAAGAAGCCUAACCUCACGGCCUUCCCUCCUAAGCUGGUGGCAGAGCAGUUGACCGUGAUGGAUGCGGAGCUCUUCCGGAAGGUGGUGCCCUCUCAGUGCCUGGGCUCCACCUGGGGCAAGAGGAACAAGCCCGGCAAUGAGCACCUGGCACCCACCGUCCAGGCCACCGUCGACCACUUCAGAAGGGUGGUCAGCCUCGUCGUCACCACCUGCCUCGGGGACCCGAGCAUGACGGCCCAGGACAGGGUGAGGGUGGUGGAGCACUGGAUCCAGGUGGCCCAGGAGUGCGAGAUCCUGAAGAACUUCUCCUCGCUCCGCGCUGUCAUCUCUGCUCUGCAGAAAACCUCCAUAAGCCACCUGAAGAACACGUGGGCGGAUGUUUCCCGGAGGGGCCCUCCACGUUUGCCCCCCCGGAGAUCAUCCCCCAGAGAGUGCAGGAGAAACAGCAGCAGCAGCAGGUGAGUGUGCCUGUGGGGG